AUGGGUAUUGCACGUGAUUCACGACAUUAUUGGGCGUUUUAUCGUCCACCCAGAUGUUUGAAUGAUCAAGGUUUCCUGGAUAUUCUACCUGUUUUUGGAAUUGCGUUAUUGUUGGAAUUUAUUAUGAAUUUGUAUACAAUUUAUACUAAUAAAAAAGUGCCGGAACUUCGUGACAUGUGUGCUGCUCGCAAGCUUAUUACUCAUGGUAAUAAGACAACAUUGAUUGAACGUUUAAUGAAAUCAGACAAUCAUGUAAAGAUAGAGGAGAACGAAAUGCAACUUGACGUUGCCACUUCAGAGACUGGGCCUUCACAUGAAACUUUGAGUAAUGUAAAAUACGAGUACGAACCUACACUUGAUGCAAUGGCCACGGAGGAAAUCCCUCCCUCCGAAGAGUUAGCUUUACCUCAACAGCCCUUAGAGCAGGAUAUCCCCACAAACGUUGACAUGCCCAUUGAAUAUUCGGAAUCAAUAAAUCCCGUUGCGAAACAGCAGCAGCAGCAAAAGCAAAUCAAUCAUCCUCCCGUAUCAUCUUCACUGCCCACAUCCACCACAUCGCCAGCAUUAACUCACCCUGAUAUUUCUUCUUCUUCGACUAAUAAUAACUUGAAACAGAAUCGCAAUAAUCUAUCCCAACCUUUUGAACCUUCAGCAGAAUUGUCUCCCACAUAUCAAAGAGAUGAACCUCAAUGGAUACCAUAUAGCUAUGAUUUACUGUUGGAGAUAGUACAAGGAUCAUUAACACAUAGAGAUGGGGAAAUACCUCUUUGGUUAAAAGAUUCUUAUGACACAACGUUUGGGACGUCAUAUUUUGGUGAACCAGAAUGCACUCGUAAUCCUGGCAUACCCGUGGAAGAUUUAUUUUUGAAUGGAUUUUGA